GUAUAUAAUCCGGGCUGUCCAGCCACUUCUCUCUUUAAAUGCUCAUGGCAUUUCCGUAAUAAUGCAAAACAACCAAGCCCUUUACUGUCACAUUAAUUAAAUGAAAAAUACCAAAUCUGAAACACACAUAGAUUUCUGGCCUCCCUUACUUCUCAUUGGCUGCACUCUUGGAAGGGGAAAAUCAAUAUGGUUUUUUUGUAAAUUUUACUCUGUUUCUCUUUAGUCCUCCCCUCCCCUGCCAUCGUUAGCAACUUCACUACUGCUACCUCCAGUUCAAACCUGCAGCGAAGGACAACCUUGUUAUAGAUAGAUAGAGAGAGAGAGAGAGAGAGAGAGAGAGUAUUUCUCAGCAGCCUAUGGAUUUGGGUACAGUGGAUGGAUAGGAUUGAAUGUUUUUGUCUCUGAAGACACUUCCGGGAAAAUUCUUCUGGGAAGUAUUUAAGAGGAAAGAAGCUUAAUCCUAGUUACUUUUCUGGUUCGCCGCGUUUCCAGAGCUUUGAGUUCGAUCUAAUCACUCCCAAACGAAGGAAAAAAAAAAAAAAAAAAAAGGCCAAAAGUCUUUUACUUUCUUCAAGUUGAAGCGUCAAAGAAAUGGAGUCAGAUCUCCAACACCAUCACCUAUUUCGCGAUCAUCUUCAACAACAGCAGCAGAUGAACUCGGGCUUGAUGCGAUACCGAUCGGCGCCGAGUUCGUAUUUCACAAGUGCCAUGGACAGAGAAUUUUGCCAGCAGUUCUUCGAUCGGCCUUCGAGCCCCGAAACAGAGAGAAUUUUCGCUUGUUUUAUGAACGGUGGAAAUGGAGGAGACGAUACAGGAAACAAGGUGACUGGGACAGAGACUGACCAGAAGACCCAGUUUUCGACAUCUACGAUGAACAACGAAACAGGGGUUCUUGAGCAACAGCAACAGAGCAACCUCAACGAUUAUUCCUCUGCUUCACAGAACUUUUACCAACCUUCAUCAAAACCACCUUUGCCAAAUCAGAGCCUGCCUUCUGGGAAUGAAGGAUCUAACUAUUCCGUGGGUAUGAAUCAGAUCCCACAGAUGAGGACCGGUAGUGUCAAUAAUUCCAAUCUUAUUCGACAUAGUAGCUCUCCUGCCGGACUAUUUGCAAGUAUAAACAUUGAUAAUGGCUAUCGGAGAGUCAUGGGAGACUAUGGAGUUACUAACACUAAUAGCACAAAAGAAGAAGCAGCUAUUUCUUCUGCAAACAGGCUGAAGAAUUAUAAUACAGCAGGGGGGCCUCCUCCUCUUCCUUCAGCAGGGCUGAUGAGCCCAAUUGCUGAAAUGGAGGACAAAAACUUGGCAAUCACUAAUCCAGACACUGGGAAUUAUGUCACAGCAGGUCUUCCAAUGCCUUCUUGGGAUGACUCUGCUAGUAUGUCUGACAGUAUUACUGGUUUGAAAAGACUUAGAUCACUUGACGAUACCAAACCAUUUUCAGCUCUAAACAAAUCAGAAAAUCAGAAUGUGGAAGUUGGAGCAAGGCCUCCAACACUUUUGACUCACCACUUGAGUUUGCCCAAAACAUCAUCUGAAAUGGCAGCCAUUGAGAAGUACUUGCAGUUCCAAGACUCUGUACCUUGUAAGAUCAGGGCCAAGCGAGGCUGUGCUACUCAUCCUAGGAGCAUUGCUGAGAGGGUUAGAAGAACACGGAUUAGUGAAAGGAUGAGGAAACUACAAGAGCUUGUCCCAAGCAUGGACAAGCAAACAAACACAUCAGACAUGUUGGAUUUGGCUGUUGAGUACAUCAAAGAUCUUCAAGAACAAGUACAGACACUUUCAGAUAAACGUGCCAAGUGUACGUGUUCAAACAGAGUGGAGCAAUAACGCAAAAAAGCAUGGGAACCGGUUUUAAUUACUUUUAUGUACAGAAGAAGUAUAAGAAUUUGGGGGGCAAUAAAAAAGAGGAAAGGGAAAAAGGGCCUAGCUGAGGGUUAUCUUUUUGGCGCUGAAAAAUAAGAAGAUAUUGAUCCAUUUAUUAUUAUAUGGGGGUAGGUGUAUGGGUUAAGAAAUGUUGCUAAAGUCUACUUCAGAAUGGGAGAUCUAUUUGAUGAUAUUGUAGAAAUUAAUCUGUAUAGUAAAUGUUGUAGUGCAUGUAACAUGUUCCAUGUAUUCUUCACUUCUGCAACUCACCCCACCAAAACAAACUACUUUAUAUAUUUUAUACAUAUAUAUAUAUAUAUAUAUUUUUUUU